CCGAGACGGCAUCCAGGGGUGAACUGGCUGAGUUGAGUGUAAUCUUGAGGCCCACCCGUGUGUGGCAUCAUGUGGUGUGAGUGGCUGUUGAGAUAGAGGAACAUAUGACGCUGUGGUUCCCUUCACUUCCUGUACAAUUAUGACAACAGAAGCAGCUACAUGUGAAACAAAACCCGGGACGCCGUUUGAGAAAAUGGACGACUUCAGCUCGUGUGAAGUUUCCAAAUAAGAUGGCUCACAACAAGCACUGAGGGAACAGCAAUGGAUGCUCUGACCAUCAGUAGGACACAGCUCUUCCCAGAGAAAGAAUUUGACCGUAAAGUGGAGAUCAGAGCAGAGAACCAUGCGCUCUUACGAGGACGCAACAAUGUGACUUUGUGUCGCAGCCCCACCAGAGAUUUCGACUCCGGGCUGAUCAAGAAUGAGCUGAAGGAAAAGAGGCAUCUGGAAUUUCUGAGGAGGAGAUCAGUGAGUCCAGAGCCACGCAGCACAAAGUGUGCAAUCUGUUCCUCAAAGGCAAAACCUCGCCAAGGAACGUUUACAACUAGACGCCGAACUCCCAACAAGAAGACUGAGAUGCUGCAUACAAAUGUAGAAAUGUCCUGCUUUAGUCCAGCAAUUCAAACUCAGAGGAACAAUAAAGCUGAUGAUCCAAGCACUAACAGAUGGGCUUUAUUAUGGUCAGAACCAGUAACACCAACAAAGCAGAAGAACAAUCAAGCAAGGAGGCAGUUAUCUACAUCCAUUGUCACAAUGGAAUCAAGUCAGCACUGGAUGAAACACACCCAUACAAGAGAUAGCAGUAUUAAGGUUCACGCAGCAAACCUGAAAAAAUCCAGAGAAUCAUCUGCACAGACAGAAACCGCUCAUCAAAAGAAGAGCCUUAGAGAAAUCAGUGUGCAAACAGAAUCUGGGCUUGUCACAGUCAAGGAAUCAGAUGUUCAGAGAUUAUCUGAUUAUUUACAGGAGGCUCUGUGGAGAGAGGAGGAGGUGAAGAAGAAGCUAGCCGCUCUGCAGGAGAGCGGCUCAAACCUUCUGAACUCUACAAACAUGAUAUGGAUUACUCGCUGCAGUGAGGACCUGCUGAGAAGCAAGAUCAAGACUCUGGAAGCUCAGCUGCAAGUCUGUCUGCAGAAAAUUCCCAAAGAUGGAGUGAAGAAGUUGGUGCUGCAGAUGGAGAAGCAGAGAGUGACCUAUGAGGAGAAGGCCUUGGUUGCUCUGCAGAGGGCCACACAGGAAAAGGCGGAGGCACUCAGCAAGGCUGAGACGCUGCAGGAGGCUUUGAUCACAGUGCAGGCAGAAUCACUGAGAUGGCAGAGCCUUUUCGAGGAGCUGAAGCUGAACUCGGGGCAACUCAGGGAGAAGCAGCACUUCAGUAUGGAUCAGCUGCAGCAGCUGCAGAGCCAGCUGGAGUUCUCUAGAGCGACAGAGGCUGAGCUGAAAGAGGAGAUUGCAUCAUUGAGACAGGAGAAGCAGGAGCUGCAGUACAACAUCUGCCUGCUCGAGGAGGACAACCAGAGUUUGAGAGAAGAAAUCCAGAACCUUCAAGAUGGUGGCAACGCAAACCACAACUUCUUCAUGAAGAAUUUUCUGGAAUCACCAGAGCCUCAUCCGACUGCUAACAGAGACUCUCAUCUGGAGGAGCAGCUCCAACACGCUCAGCAGAAACUCCAGCUUAAAGAGAAGGAGUGUGAGGAACUGCAGACUGAGCUGCAUACGAUGGAGCAGGAGUGUCAGUCCAGCCAGGCCCGGCUGUCGCAGUGCAGAGAAGAACUUCGACAGCUCAGCCACCGCCGCAGCACCCCAACAUCAUGCAGCUCCUGGUGGAGGGUGUGGAUCUUCUUCCUCUUUUUCCUCACUUUAGCAGGAGUUGCCAUGUUGUGGAUGUGGCAUCCCCCUUUCAGGGAGCAAGCAGAAGUUCUGUACUCAGACAUCGAGACAAGAAUCGAAGACUAUCUCAUUGAAAUGGCUUCUCCUCGAUACUCGGGCUGCUUUAGACCAGUGUGACAGCUUAGGAAUAUUGGUUUCUGUUUGUCUACUGUUAUAGUUUUUUUUAUAUAACUUUGUGUGUGUGUGGAUUUAUUUGCAUUUCAAAAAUGUUUUAGGAACUCAAAGUUUUGUGAUGGAGUUGUACUGUAUGUGUGUGCCUAAAAACUCCUGUGAACUCACUGAAAACAUAUUUUAAAUGUUUGCAGCUUAAUGCUAUUACAAAGAAAACUGUCAAAAUAUGAGGAAUUUAAAGCAUCAAGGAAAGUAUUUCCUACUGUAAACAGAUCCUCUAAAACAAAAGCUCAGAUUAUUAUCCGAAAGGAAAAGUCAAUUUUUUUGUGUGACACCAUAAACUGUGUUUGGUACAUUUAUUUUGAAAAACAAGAUGCACUUAAUGAAUGAAGAAAUAAAUCUUAGAAUUCAAAACAACUUCAUGACAGAAAUGUUCUGUUUUUUUGCACUUCUUAAAGUUUUUACAAACUUGCACUGAUGUGGAGGAGGAUUAACACAGUUACCUGAGAGAUACUUACAUUUCUUGUAAAAUAAAAAUUGAACAAUUGAACAGAUUAUAACAUGGAUCUGCCAGGGGGCUGCAGAUGGAAAUUAGCCUGUAGCUAAAAUCAGGCAAAUUUACAUUUGUUGUAAUAGUGUAAUAAACAUUUAAACAUGAAGACAAACUUCUUGAGAUGCAACAUCCUCUGUAUCGGACGACGAGAAGAAACAAAAAUAGAAAAAAAAAAGAAAAAAAAAAUCAGAUUUAAAAAAAGGAAAAAAACAAAAACAAAUUAUCCGUACAAUCUAGCUGGCAGUAGACAAAGACUGACUUGUGCACACUCACACAAACACACCAGCUCUCUGUAUUCACAACACUCUUGAAUGAUAUUACACACAAGAAAAAUAUUCAAAUUUUAAAGCAAAAAAUAAAUAAAU